AUGGCCGAUUCAUCUAUAAAUCUUCCUUCUAAUGUUGCGUAUCAGUAUUUGGAGGAAACAUAUGGUCUUGCUUCAGCGGAUGGGAUCGAGUUCCCACUACCUGGUUCAUCUAUCACGUCUCCCCCUCCUGGCAAAGGUGGGGUUUAUUUGAAAUCCCUUGAUGUCGGGCUACGACUUCCUCUUAUUGAUUUCCAAGAAGAGGUCCUGCGAAAGGAAGUUUGUAGCAUCCAUAUGUUGUCUCCCAAUGUUGUGAACAAAGUAGUGGUGUUUGAGAUGAUCUGUCGUGCCAAUGGCGUUCUCCCCGACUAUUUUGUCUUUAAAUACUUCUUUAGGUUCUGUUGCACUUGUGACAAGUGCACUUUCUCCAUUCGGCAAGGGGGGCAUACCCUGAUUCCCGAUGGAAAGACCCCCAAGAACUGGCAAGACAAGUGGUUAUGGGUGAAUCACGGUUUGGCAGGCAGUGGGAGAUAUCAUGCUAACUCCUUCACUAAUCUCACACCCAAACUAUUUCCGCACAACCAAAGUGUUGCUGGUCUUUUGAAGAACAUCCAGGUUACUCCUGAGGAUUACUCUAAGGUGUUGUUGGCAGGUGUGGGAAUGAGUCCUUCUUGGAGGCGUUAG